CUUCUCAUCUCCUUCAUCAAUAUGAAUUUUUACUUUUACAUUCUUUUUCUUCUAAGUGGACUAACAGGAACUCAUAGUGUGACUACAGUCACAAAAGUAUCAGUAAAAGCUGGACGGUCUCUCUCAAUCCCCUGUCUCUAUGGCACACAGUAUCGAAACCUUGUGAAGUACUUGUGCAAAGGAUAUCGCUGGCGUUCAUGCUCAUAUGUGAUUAAAACAGAUGGACAACGGAAGCCAAAAAAGUUUUCCAUAUCUGAUGAUAAAGAUCAAAGCAUCUUCACAGUGACCAUUAGAGAGUUAACAAAUGCAGACAGUCACUUCUGGUGUGCUGUGGAGAUUGACAGCAACUAUGAUGCUGGAGAGUAUUUUCACUUGUCGGUCACCACAGGUUCCCCCAUCCUCAGUGUGACAGAUCAGAAGAUUACAGGGUUUGUAGGAAAAAAUGUAUCAAUUGAAUUUCACAACUGCAUCUCAGACAGACUGCAAUGGUGCAGGUUGGGUGGGGCCUGUGUGGAAAACCCUUCUGGACUCAUGGAUGGAACAAGAGUGAUCAUUAAUAAGACAGGCCAUAAAGACUUCACUGUUACUUUGAGUGGACUGAAGCUUGAGAGCGGUGGCUGGUACCUGUGUUCAUCAGGGGAAUAUCAGAUGCCAGUGCAUCUAUCUGUUUAUGGAAAACCAACUUCCAAUGCAGCCACCAUUACAGAAACAACAGUCACCUCACUUGAAAAUGAAAAAGACAGUAAUUUGUUGGACCUGGACCUCAUCAUUCGUCUGAGUAUAUUUAUAGUAAUCAUAUCUGUGACGUUGAUCAUGUGGCUUCUCCUGAGAUGUAAGCAGACAACAACAGAAACAACAAUCCCAGCAAAGGUUGAAGAUGAAGUGGCUGACCACAAUGUUCUACAGAUAACCCAGGGUUCACCUGCUAGAAGUGAUGAGGGUGUGGCAUGUACAGCUCUGUAAUUGUUGUGAAACAACAGCCUGCUUAAAAGACUGGAGCAGUAUUUGAAGAAACUACAUGUAGCACUGUGGCUGAGCGGUUUUAAGUUCUUCGUUCGUCAAUAACGCUCGGGUGGAAGGAGGAGACCUUGGACAAGUAAUCAGUCUAUCACAGGACAAUCAGAAACACACACAUUCACACACUGGGGCAAUUUAACAUCAUCAAUUACCUCACAUAUCAUAUUGGUAUUUGGACUGUGAAUGGGAACUGGAGUACUUGCAAUAAUAACCCCAAACAUCCACAGGCAGAACAUGCAAACAUAACAAUCUAUAACGCCUCGAGCAUCUUAUGACCCCACUCUGACUUUUUAUAACCUAUAUAUACGUGUAUGAGAUAUUAAUUUUCAGAUAUCACAACUGUUGAUAUUGUUUGAUUUUUACUUCACUGAGUAAAUAUUUCAGAAAUUUCUGGCUUUGUUGUUUCAUUUGUGCUUGACAGGAACGUUAACUACAUUGACAAAAGUCCUCCAGUUCAUUGUUACUAUUUUACUUCUGUGAUGCACACACAUACUGUACAUGCCCAUACACAAAAUAGUCCAGUUUGAAUCUUUAAAUUUUGGUUUCAUCUUUAUUGAUUUUGUAAUUGAGUCACACCAG